UCUUUUUCUUGCAUGAUGGAAUGAUGAAAGGACCCACGGGAAACGUGGAUUGGCGAGUUGUUGCAGCCAGCCAGCAACACUGGACCCGCCUUGAUUUUCACUCCCUAUCGUUUCUUGCCAACCAUCUUUUCCAGUUUGUUCUUUCUUUCAGCAGAAAGUUCUUAAAAAUUGUCCCUUUUGGCUUCUCCGCCCUCCACGGGAAACUGCAUUUCUGGUGUUUUCUUCUGGGAUUUCCUGUUGGGUGAUGACUAUACCAUUUCCCCAAUUUUGAUUUAAGGGCAUAGACCUCCGGCUUCUCUGAUCAGGUUUCUUGAGCUGAAUUUACUUAAAAAAAAAUUUCUUCCCUUUUUCCAGUUCAAAGCUAUUAAAAUACCCAUUGAAAUUCUUGCCAUUUCUUGGUUUUUGCGUUGUGAACUUUCAGAAGCAUAGAUAUAGAUAGGUAUUUGUGAAUUGUAAUGAUUUCCCUUUAUUGGCUGUGAUUCUUGGGGAUAACUGUAAAGUUUGAGAACCAUAUAUAUAGAUAGGUAUUUGUAAUGAUUUCCCUUUAUUGGGUGUGAUUCUUGGGGAGGUUGAAGAUGAUAGCUUGGUAGGCAGUUAGGGGCACCAAUGUCAUUGGCUAGCUGUCUGCCAAUUCUUGAGUGUGUAUACUGUUUGGCCUGUGCACGUUGGGUGUGGAAGAAGUUCAGGUAUACUGCUGGGAGGGAAAGUGAGAACUGGGGGCUUGCAGCUGCUAAUGAGUUUGAGCCCGUGCCUCGGUUUUGUAGAUAUAUUCUAUCUGUAUAUGAGGAUGAUAUCAGGAACCCAAUCUGGGCUCCUCCUGGAGGAUAUGGUGUUGAUCCAGAUUGGGUGAUUGUGAAGAGGAAUCACGAGGAUACUCGAGGGAGAGUGACGCCUUAUAUGGUCUACGUUGAUCAUCAGAACGGUGAAAUAGUUGUGGCUAUUAGAGGUCUUAAUUUGGCCAAGGAGAGUGAUUAUUUUGUCUUGCUUGAUGACAAGCUUGGGCAAGGUGAAUUUGAUGGGGGGUAUGUUCAUAACGGGCUGUUAAAGGCAGCACAGUGGGUAAUGGAAGCAGAAGCGAUUGUUUUGAGAGAAUUGGUGGUGAGAUAUCCUAACUACACAUUGACUUUAGCCGGGCACUCUUUAGGGGCUGGUGUUGUGGCGUUGCUGACAAUGUUGGUUGUUGAGAACCGAGAAAAACUUGGCAACUUGGAGAGGAAACGGAUCAGAUGCUUCGCAAUUGCUCCUGCAAGGUGUGUAUCUCUAAAUUUGGCAGUGAGAUAUGCAGAUAUCAUCAACUCUGUUGUACUACAGGAUGAUUUCUUACCUCGGACUACUGUUGCACUGGGAAAUGCUUUCAAUUCACUUUUCUGCUUCCCAUGCUUGCUCUGCAUAAAUUGCUUGAAAGAUACAUGCACAAUGGAGGAGAAGAUGCUUAAAGAUCCAAGGCGUCUCUAUGCACCUGGUCGUCUUUAUCACAUUAUCGUGAGAAAGCCCUUCAGCUCUGCAAAAAAGCCAAAAAUAUUGCCGAUUGUAAGAACAGCCAUACCUGUGGAUGGGCGGUUUGAACACAUUGUUCUUUCUCGGGACAUGACUAGGGAUCAUUCCAUCAUUCAGAUACUGACCGAGUCUCAAAGGACACUCGAUUCAAUGCUGGAAAGAGAUCAAAGCAUGGAUAUCCCCGCUCAGCAAAGGAUGGUUCGGAAGGCUUGUCUUGCAAAAGAGCAUAUGCAGGAGCACCGGGCUGCAUUGCAGAGGGCAGUUGCACUGGAUGUACCCCAAGCAUACGCUCCUUCUUCCUAUGGGACAUUUCGUGAAUUAGAGCAAGGCGAGAAUUCUGGAAAAUCUCGACGGUUUUCUUUCACAUUGUCUAAAACUAGAAAGGAAAGCUGGGAUGAUUUAGCUGGGAAGCUUCUUCCCACAGAUGAGUCCAGGGAAAAGGUGCUGAAGUGAGAGCCAUGACCACACAUUAAACUAGUGUAGCCAAUCAAAAGAUUCAUUAUUCUUUUCCCCCAUUUAUAGAAUUAUAGAUUCAUUUGUGUGGUAGAGUAGGUUAGUGUCAAAUGGGAAACACUAUUCUUAGGAUUGAUUGGUUCAAAAGCAUUUGUAAUGUUUGUGGCCUGUUCAUGGACCCAAUCUUUGAUGAAUGUUUCAUUUAUUUGUUAAGAAUAAUUUGAUGAUAAGCUAAUAGUAUGGUGACAGCAGAGAUUUCUCA